AUGAAACUAAAGAGUGGCAAAACACUCGACAUUACCUUGAAUGAAGAGAAGUUCUACUUCCCAGGUGAACACUUGCAAGGCAAUGUGAUUGUUCAUCCCAAGAACCCGACAAAGACAAGUUACAUCAUGCUCAAGUUUAUUGGAGAGGUGCUUUUGACUAUCAAGGACAAGGAGACUAUUGUCUUGUUUCAAGAAACCAAGCAACUACGAUUAUCGGGUGAUGAUAAGACCUUUGUACUUGAGGCGAAGCCAUACACUUUCCCUUUCGAGUUUGAAGUUCCUCAAAAUGUGGAUUUGACUAGUUCAAUGGAGUUUGCCAAGAAAGCACGGGUGCGAUACACAUUGACCGCCAUUCAUCAUCGACCCAUGGUGCCAGAGACCUUUUGCAACAAGGCUGAAUACGUGGUUCCCAUCUUGGAGUAUCUUGACAUUGAAGAAGCCCAAUUCAAAGCAUCACAAGAGAAAUCCGUGAGCGUGUCCAAAUCACUCAACAAAUUAUGCCAUCUCCGGGUCACAACACCACACAUUGGAUACGCUAGAGGGAGCAUUGUUCAUGUUGGUGCAACCCUGAAUUUUGUGGAGCCAUUAGUGGUCACCAAGGGAUUGAAAGUGUCACUUGUGAGAAUUGCUGAUAUACGACAUGGAAGACAUCGUUAUACCAAGGAGGAGGUGCUGAGGUCCGUUGUACAUGAUAUCAAUAUCUAUGGUCCUUUCAACUUCACCCAAGCCAUCAGCUGCCAAUUACCCAUUCCCACAUCGACACCACCUACUAUCGGUUUUCGGGGAACAACACUUCGAAUGUAUUAUCAAGUACGCGUGCGUGCGAAAUUGAGUGAGGAGAAGAAGGCUGAAGUCAAUCUUCCUAUUGUGGUGGGAACAUGGCCAAGAGCGGAUAUUCCAAUUGAUGACGAUGAUGAUGAUGAAAGCAUUACCUACAUGUCGGAUACGCAUAGUGAACCCACAUCAGAAUCAUUUCGACUCUCUCUCUCCGGCAACUAUCGAGCAUCGUUUGCGAGUAGUGCAACCCAUAUCCGCCCUGCUACUUAUCAUACCACCACCAAUCACCCAAAUCAAAGUGUGGAUCGUUCUGAUUCUAAUGCCUCUUCUCGUCGAUCCUACGCUUCAUCGAUUCAAUCUUGGGAUUCUCUUUCACGCAACACAUCUUUAUCCAUGCCUGAUACACCACAAUCACGUAACGACCCAUCAGAGCAGUUGUUGCAUAUCCGUCGAUCUUCUAGAACACCUUACGAUCAUGCUACAUCAUCCUUUUUACCAACAUCACCUGUUGCUGCUGCUGCUGCACCACCACCACCACCUGCACCACCUGCAUCCGCCAAUAAACACGUUCCUAUCCUUCAACCCAUUCUUUCUGGUGGACUAGACGACAUGAUCGAUUCUUCUUCAUCCGAUGAUGACGAUGACGAUGGUGACUUGUUGAGGAUUCUACAAAAGAAAAAGCGAUCCGCACAAAGAAUGCAACGAAAGCAGAUGAUGCAUCAUGGCAUGUAG